AAAGCAGAAGUUUUAAUUUUUAAAGCCACACUGGGGUCUCGCCUGCUUGGCUCCUGUAAACUGCAGUUUUUACAUCCUCUCAUCUCCCGCGUGCUGAUACUUGCCUGCUAUCCCUGCUGUUAACGACGACGUUCGCCGUAGCAGCGAAGGAGCCUCGCCGGCUCGAAGCAAGGCUGUCCUAGCCACCAUGGCCGUGUCCGGCGAGAAGCGGCCACCGCCACCGGCCCCGGCCUCCGGCGGAACGGCAAGGAAGAAGCUUAUCCUAGCACUGUUUAUCUGUUUCUCGGCGCUGCUGUACAAGCAGAUUCUUCAGCCACCACUGCCCAAGAUCGCCGGCUCGCCGGGCGGCCCUCCGGUCACGGCAACCAGGACACGGCUCAGCGACGGCAGGUACCUGGCCUAUCUGGAACACGGCGUCCCCAAGGAGAAGGCCAAGUACAAGAUCAUCUUUGUCCAUGGAUUCGACUCGUGCAGAUACGACGCGCUUCCAAUCUCCACGGAGCUUGCACAAGAGCUGGGCGUUUACCUGUUGUCCUUUGAUCGCCCCGGCUACGCCGAGAGCGACCCGCACCCGGGCAGGACCGAGAAGAGCAUCGCCCUCGACAUCGCCGAGCUCGCCGACAACCUGCAGCUCGGCCUCAAGUUCUACCUCGUUGGCUUCUCCAUGGGCGGCGAGAUCAUGUGGAGCUGCCUCAAGCACAUCCCACACAGGCUCUCCGGCGUGGCCAUUCUCGGGCCGGUGGGCAACUACUGGUGGUCCGGCUUGCCGGCGAACGUGUCGCGGGACGCCUGGUACCAGCAGCUCCCUCAGGACCAGUGGGCGGUCUGGGUGGCGCAUCACCUGCCGUGGCUGACCUACUGGUGGAACAGCCAGAGGCUCUUCCCGGCCUCCAGCGUCAUCGCCUACAACCCUGCCCUCCUGUCCCAAGAAGACAAGCUGCUCAUGGCAAAGUUUGGCUAUAGAACCUACAUGCCGCAGAUCAGGCAGCAGGGGGAGCACGAGUGCCUGCACCGGGACAUGAUGGUCGGCUUCGGGAAAUGGAGCUGGAGCCCGCUGCAGCUGGAGAACCCGUUCGCCGGCGCUGAUGAUGAUGGCCAGGAGGGGGCGGGGAAGGUGCACCUGUGGCACGGCGCCGAGGACCUCGUGGUGCCGGUCAGCCUGUCCAGGUACAUCAGCGAGAAGCUGCCGUGGGUCGUCUACCAUGAGCUCCCCAAGUCGGGACAUCUCUUCCUGAUCGGUGACGGGAUGGCUGACACCAUUGUCAAGUCCCUGCUGCUCGGAGACGAUCAUCCGUCGUCGGCCUCAGCCCUCACAGCCUCCUCCUGAUUCUCCAUGAAUCCACCAGCUUGUCAUGUAGUCCGUUCGCAUUUCGAUCGCGUGGUCCAUCGCUCACUGUUUUUGUAAAGAGAUAUAUACUAGUGCCGUGCUCUGAUACUGCAGCUUUCUCUAGCGUGUGUAUGCUUAUGUGCACUGAAGACUGAACGAAUAAGGUUUCAUAUGUAAAGAUAGUAGGUGUCUAGGUGAUGUACCAUUCUCACAUUCGAGAUGUGCCUUUCUGGGUUCGCUGCACUUUCCUUUUAGGAGGAGAAGGGUAGUUAAACUUAUGUGUUUUGGCCAGCUACUUAUUACACUACAGUUAUCAUGGUUUGCAUUGU